CAUCCCGCGUACUCUUCUUCUUUGUAGAGAAAUUUCGUUGCUGUACUCUAAAUUUGCAUUGGCUUCACUGAACUGAAUUCUUGCCGCGUGGAUAAAGAUGGGCGAGAACGGCGCUGCCAAUUACUACCAAAAUGCCGCCUUGGAAAUUGGCCUGCCGCAGGGAGCUUCCAAAUGCUUCGACGACGAUGGCCGUCUCAAGAGAACCGGCACCGUGUGGACUUCGAGUGCGCACAUCAUAACGGCGGUCAUCGGCUCCGGCGUGCUGUCUUUGGCCUGGGCGAUCGGUCAGCUCGGAUGGGUCGCCGGCCCUGCCGUCAUGCUCUUGUUCUCCUUUGUAACUUACUACACAUCUUCUCUCCUGUCCGAUUGCUACCGCUCCGGCGAUCCCAGCACCGGCAAGCGCAACUACACCUACAUGGAUGCCGUCCGUGCUAACCUCGAUGGCUUCAAGGUCAAGCUCUGUGGCUGCCUCCAGUACCUCAACAUCGUCGGAGUUGCGAUUGGCUAUACCAUCGCUGCUUCCAUUAGCAUGGUGGCAGUGAAAAGGUCGAAUUGCUUCCACGAGAAAGGAGACGACAGCCCCUGCGAAGUUAACAGCAAUCCUUACAUGAUCAUGUUCGGGGUGGCACAGAUCAUCUUCUCGCAGAUCCCGGAUUUCGAUCAGAUAUGGUGGCUCUCCAUCGUCGCCGCCGUCAUGUCGUUUACCUACUCCUCCAUCGGCCUAGGUCUCGGCAUCGCCCAAGUUAUAAAAAAUGGUGGUUUCAGAGGUAGCCUCACCGGAAUUAGCAUCGGCGUCGUCAGCCAAAUGGACAAAAUCUGGCGCACGCUGCAAGCCUUCGGCGACAUCGCCUUCGCCUACUCCUACUCGAUCAUUCUCAUCGAGAUCCAGGACACAAUUAAAGCCCCGCCACCGUCGGAGGCGAAGGUGAUGAAGAGGGCUACGCUGAUCAGCGUGGCGGUGACAACCGUCUUCUACAUGCUCUGCGGGUGCAUGGGCUACGCGGCGUUCGGUGACCUAGCGCCGGGCAACCUCCUCACCGGCUUCGGCUUCUACAACCCUUACUGGCUCCUGGACAUCGCCAACGUCGCCAUCGUCGUGCACCUCGUGGGCGCCUACCAGGUGUACUGCCAGCCGCUCUUCGCCUUCGUGGAAAGGUGGGCGGAGAGGACGUGGCCAGAGUCGAGGUUCGUCUGCGGCGACAUCGAGGUGGCGUUGCCAGGGGAGCGGACCUACAAGCUCAACCUCUUUAGGAUGACGUGGCGGACGGGGUUCGCGGUGGUGACGACUGUGGUGUCGAUGCUGCUGCCGUUCUUCAACGACGUGGUCGGCCUGCUCGGCGCCAUCGGGUUCUGGCCGCUGACGGUGUACUUCCCGGUGGAGAUGUACAUCGUGCAGAAGAAUGUGGAGCGGUGGAGCACGAGGUGGGUCUGCCUCCAGCUUCUGAGCCUAGCGUGUCUCGCCAUCACCAUAGCUUCGGCCGCCGGCUCCAUCGCCGGAGUGGUCAGUGACCUCAAGGUUUACCGGCCGUUCCAAGGCUGAGCGGCUAGUGGCCGUUUAAAGACAUCCACUACAACUUGCUGGUUGCCAUUGAUUUGCGCAAUUAGGUCUGCAAUCCUCUGGUUGCUGCUGCAUCUGCUUUGCUUUAGUUUACGUGAUUGUUUGUAAUCAGUCAAAGAAAGUAGCUCAAUUUAAACUGGUAAUGAUCGCCAGCUGAUCA